AUCUAUGCCUCAAUCUCUAUCUCCCUCUUCUUCUCCCUGCCUGCCAUUUUCAAUUUCUCAUUUCGAUUCAGAUCUCUCUGAAUUCAACAAUGGAGAACUCCAUGGUUCAAGAGAUUCUGGCAAAGCAGGUGCUGACGGUGGCUAAGGCGGUGGAGGAGAAGCUGGACGAUGAGAUAUCGGCGCUAGAUCGGAUGGACAUGGACGAUAUAGAGGCGCUGAGGGAGAGGAGGCUGCAGCAGAUGAAGAAGAUGGCGGAGAAGCGGAACCGUUGGAUCUCCCUCGGACACAGCGACUACACCGAGAUCCCCUCCGAGAAGGACUUCUUCGCCGCCGUCAAGGCCAGCGAUCGCGUCGUCUGCCAUUUCUACCGCGACAACUGGCCCUGCAAGGUGAUGGACAAACACUUGAGUAUAUUGGCAAAGCAGCAUAUAGAGACACGUUUUGUGAAAAUCCAUGCUGAGAAAAGUCCAUUCUUGGCGGAGAAGCUCAAGAUCGUUGUUUUGCCAACCCUUGCCCUCAUAAAGAAUGCCAAAGUAGAUGACUAUGUGGUAGGAUUCGAUCAGCUUGGUGGAACAGAUGAGUUUAGCACAGAGGAACUGGAGGAAAGGUUGGCUAAAGCUCAAGUUAUCUUUUUUGAGGGUGAAUCGUCUCUAAAUCCGUCAAGAUCUGGUUCACACUCCAGAAGGAACGUUAGGCAAAGCGCAAAGUCAGACUCAUCAGACUCAGAGUAAGCCAGUAUUGCUUAAUAUUGUCUUCCAAUUUUAGUCCGUCUGAAGGAAGUGGAGAGGAUCAGUCACCCCUUUUUUAGUGUUAAAAAGAGCUGAACCUUGGACGGCUACCAUUGGGAGCAGCCUAGUCUUGUGGAGUUGUUGUGAUCAAUAUUUUAGAAGCAACAUUACUACAUCUGAGAUUCAUGCUAUCAUCGGCUGUGGUAUCAGUUAUUGUAUUAAUGUAACUUCGCAAGGUUUUCAGAAAGAUUAAUAGUUACUACUACUAGUAUAGUUUUCAAGCUAUAUAUAUAUUGUCAUACUGCAAGUUUUGUGUUA